CUGAACAGCACCCAGCGAGAUCAUGUCUGCCCCAGCUGCCGGCCCCCCUGCUGCCGCCCCAGGUGAUGGAGCUCCCCAAGGCCCCCCAAAUCUCACCAGCAACAGGAGGCUCCAGCAGACACAGGCACAGGUGGAUGAGGUAGUGGAUAUUAUGCGUGUGAAUGUAGACAAGGUUCUGGAGAGAGAUACCAAGCUAUCUGAGUUGGAUGACCGCGCAGAUGCCCUGCAGGCUGGAGCUUCGCAAUUUGAGACUAGUGCGGCCAAGCUUAAACGCAAAUACUGGUGGAAGAAUAUGAAGAUGAUGAUAAUUAUGGGUGUGAUGUGUGCUAUCAUCCUCAUCAUAAUAGUUGUUUACUUCAGCACCUAAGGACAGCGUACUCUUCCUGUCUCUCUGUCUCUAUCUCUUACCCUCCCUCUCGCCGGAUCUCUCAUCUACACCCCCAGCUGGGACCAGACAAACUUCAACAUAUCUUCUUUCCUGCCUGUCCCCUCUCCCUAUAAAAAGGGAAUUGGGGG